CCGAGUCCUCCCAAGGAAUAUCAUCAUGGCCCAUGAUUCAUGAACCAUAUGAUACAUGCUGCAUACGGCACAACACUUCAUAGUACUUGCUCCUCAGCAUCAAUCCUCAUCCUGUGGCAACGCCGGUACGAGUCUGCGCGGCUAUCCAGAGGCUAUCCAAGCGAGAAGUCCGCGGCGAACCUACAGUCGAAGCCAUGUGUUCAACUUCUACUGGCAGCGGUAUUCAGUCGCUAUUUACUCAGCAUUUUCGUGUCCAUUUAUCUCAUUCAUAGCAACAUGACAGCCUCUCUUCGAUCUGCUUCGGUGCGGUAGAAUGACUAGGGCCAGAGCCUGUACAAUUCUCGUGCAAGUCACAAGGUAGUACACAGACAACGAGUGUUGCAGUUUCCAUGUCCUGCACGGGAAUAACCAAUUUUAGAAGAUGAGUGCGUUUCCAUACUAUUCAUAUCUGAACUUUGUGCAUGUCGGACAAGAUUCACGGUCUGUGCUCUUAGGAACUCUCCCGGUUGGGUACUCUCGGUCGAGGAGCGCUUAUGAAUUCCCUGAUACACCCGACGUAUCCCUACUUCUGUAAUGCAUCUGUCAAUUCAAACUUUGGUUAUGCCUUGCGUUGGACGUUCAAAGCAGGUGAUUAUUCUCCAAACAGUGCAAACUUAGCUCCU